AGACUGCUCCGCGACGGUGAAACUCUUGAAGAUCUCCGGCGUCUGUCCCCAGAAGAAAUUCUCAUGAGAUGGGUUAAUUAUCAUUUGGAACGUGCUGGAACUCAACGUCGCCUACACAAUUUCACAUCAGAUAUUGUCGAUUCAGAGAUUUAUACUCAUUUGCUCCAUCAAAUUGCUCCAAAUGGCUCCGGUGUCACGUUAUCUCCACUCGGAGUCCAUGGAAAUGUCCCAAGAGCCGGAGCAAUGUUAGAUGAAGCCGAGAAGCUUGAUUGUCGGGAAUUUGUGACAGCAACUGAUGUGGCAGCCGGAAAUUACAAAUUAAACUUGGCUUUUGUUGCCAAUUUGUUCAAUAAACAUCCAAAUUUGCCGGAUCCGGGAGCGGAUGAAGUUGGUUUUUCAGUGGAAGACGUCAUCGAAGAGACACGUGAAGAGAAAACAUAUAGAAAUUGGAUGAAUUCAAUGGGUGUUGAUCCAUAUGUUAAUUGGUUGUAUGCUGAUCUUCAAAAUGGUGUCGUCAUUUUCCAGCUUUACGAUAUAAUCCGACCGGGAAUGGUAACAUGGAAACGAGUUGUACGGACAUUCCAUAAGCUUCGAGGAAUGAUGGAUCAAAUUCAGAAUUGCAAUUAUGCUGUUGAACUUGGAAAACAGCUCAGAUUCUCACUUGUCGGAAUUCAGGGAAAAGAUAUCUACGACGGCAAUCAAACAUUGACAUUAGCUCUCGUUUGGCAGCUAAUGCGUGCCUAUACCCUCUCAGUUCUUGCUCAAUGUACUCAAUCUGGUGAUUCCCUGCCAGCUGAUAAGGAUAUUGUUGCAUGGGUUAACGAAAAGCUCAAAAAUUCUGGAAAAUCCACAUCAAUUCGAUCGUUCCAAGACCCGGCAAUUUCCGAUGGAAAAGUUGUAUUGGAUCUGAUUGAUGCAAUUAAACCAAACGUUAUUGAUCAUAGUUUGGUGAAAAGUGGCAAAAGUAAUGAGGAUAAAAUGUCAAAUGCAAAAUAUGCAAUCACUUGUGGACGAAAGAUUGGAGCAAAGAUUUACGCGUUGCCAGAGGAUAUUGUUGAGGUGAAGCCAAAAAUGGUGUUGACAGUGUUUGCAUGUCUAAUGGCUCGUGACUAUCUUCCCGAUAUGAAGCAAGGAGCAGCUUCUGCUCCAAUUGUUCCGAUGAUUAAUGGAAAUUAGUUCUGCAAAAAUUUCGAAUUUCUUGAAUUUCCCGCCGAAAAAAAAUCGCGGAAAUACAAAUUUUCCUCCAUAUAUAUAUCUCUAUUUUCCCGUUUUUCCAUCUUUUUUCUCACAAAAAUUGCGUCCCGUAAGCUUUAAAUGUGAUAUAUUCAAUUUCUCCCCACUCAUUGCCACGUGGCAAAUCACUUUUUUCCAAUUUUUUUUCACUUUAAUUGCUCAUUUGCUCCUCCGUUUGUUACUGAUUUUUUUCUAUUGCAUUUAACCCCUCCCGUAUUUUUUUCGUGUAUUUCUACUAAUUUUCGCCUUUUUUCUCGGAUUUUUGGUGGAAAAUUGGCGGUUUUUUUUGAAUAUUUUUUACCCGAAAAAUCGAGUUUCUAGCCUAAAUUUGGAAAAAAUUGAGUUUUUCAAAUUUUUGGACCCUUUUUACGCUGAAAAAUUGCAAAAGUUGAGUUUUUCGAGGUAUUUUAGCUCAAAACGGAUUUAUCUAAAUUUUUUACUGAAAUUUCGCGAAAUUUUGACUUUUUUGAAGAUUUUUCACAUUUUUGGUGAAAAAUCUGCAAAUUUUUCGAUUUUUGCUCUUAAAAUUUCAGUUUUUGAGUUUUCCAAGAAUUUCAGCCAAAAAACGGAUUUUUUCGGUUUUUCUGAAAUUUCUCUGGAAAAUCAAAAUUUCUUUCAAGACCUUUCUGUAAUUUUUCAGCCCGCAUUUUUACCGAGAAAUCGGCAAUUUUUCCGAUAUUUCAAAUCGAAAUUUGAAUAAUUAUCGGAUUUUUUUACUCCAAAAAUCUAAUUCGGAUUUUGGUAGAAAUUUCGAAAAAAUCCCAAAAAAAAUAUUUUUUAAAAAAAUCCCGAAAACUCGCCGCUUUUUCUCCCAAAAUCCGAAAUCUAACACUCUGUGAACAACUCGUCAAAAAUUCAAAAUUAUCUCUUCUAAUCUCUCUUAUCUCACUCUUCUCAUUUUUCCAGUUAUUUGACCAAUUUCCCCAUUGCUGCUGAGCUUCUUCAAUCCGAGCCGGCACCCCCCAACAAAUUCACUGUGAAUUCCCGACCGGUUGUUCGAAGCUUUUCCCAACCUUCCUGUUAUCCAUAUUAUUAUUAUUAUUCAGAUGAAUUUUCCAAAAAUUUUAAUAGUUUUUCGGCUUUUGCGCUGCCAAUAAAAUUUCAAAAAAAAAUU